AUGUCACUGUUCGAGUCUUAUGAGAAACAGUAUGGAAAUCUGACUAGCGACAUAACAUUCAAGCUAGGAAAAAUUCCCCAGUUGAGUGGUGGUGAAAGGGCGAAAGAAGUACACGAUGUGUCAAUACUUUUUGACGAGACGAAGGAGUUAAUUGAACAGAUGUCUCUGGAAGUUCAGGAAAUGCGAUCUGACAUCCAAUUAGGAAAACUCACGACAGAAUUCCGGCGACCGCGGUAUGCCGUUCGGCGCCCUGACCAUAAGGAUUCAUGCGGUUCCGAUGAUGAGGACAAUUUACACGAAGAGGUUUUGUUCGAUACAGACAUGAGAGCUCAACUUCUGAGCAACACUGAACGAAUAUCUCGGACUACUACCAAAUUGGAAGAUGGUGUGCGAGUUGCUUUGGAAACAGAAGAAGUAGGUGGUCAUAUACUACAAGACUUAAGCGAGCAACGAGAAAAACUUCAAAGAAGUAGAGACAGGCUUCGUCAGGCAGAUUCUGAUCUGAAAAAGAGCUCUCGAAUACUUUCAGUAAUGACUCGCAGAAUUCUUCAAAACAAAUUCCUUCUAAUUACUGUGAUAUUUCUGAUUGUGUUAAUAUUUUUCUUAACCAUAUAUCUGGUCACUCGUCGUGCGACAACACACGUGAACUCGUCUUCUGCUACAAUAAACUCAUCUCACCCAUGA